UUAAAGUAAAAAUCUUAUCAUUUCUAGAAAGAAAAGGUGAAAAGGAAACCACAAAACAAGUUCUGGCGAAAUCAAGGAUAGACUGAACACAUGAAAAGGGUCAUCGUUACUUUCCGAAAACAGAAAUGAAAGUUGAGUUGUAUUUGAAUUCAGGAACUAGUAUCGGAAAUGGAUGGCCUCUCAACCCCAAUUUCCAUUUCUUCCUUUCACAUCGAAAACCCACUCAUUCCCCUACUCUGUCGAUGCCCAGCCACCGGCCUACUGUUUCUCGUCGGCUGCUCACAGUUCCACCGCCCGUAGUUGCUGAGGCGAACAAGAACGCGGCGAUGACGGAUACUCCGGUGAGAAUAGUGGCGAUCGUUGGUGAAGGAAGCAUUAGUCCCUUGAAAUCCACUCCUUGGGAAGAAGUUAUGCUUCACACCGCAAAGCGACUAAAAUGGGUUGAUGAAGGCUAUGAAAUGCACGUCUUUGCUGAUAAUGUUUGUAACGUAACUCGUCAAGAUACUGGAACCAUUCAAAUCAUAUGUGAAGCGGAUAUUUUGGUGGUUGUUGCUGUCACAAGUAAGGAUUCAGUCUUAUGGAUACGCAUGAACUGCGAAAACAUCCAAAACAUUAUUUGCUUUGAAUCUGCAGCUGAGUUGGUUAACAAAUUAGGGGGAAUAUCCUUUCCUAGUGAAACCAAAGGAAAUUUACUGGAAAGCUUUUUUGGAAAUUCUCAGCUGUUGGAGAAAAGAAAGAAAUCUGAGGAAGUAGUGCAGACUGUAUUUGAGGCAUGGGAUCGUCGAAAUUCCGACGAUAUAAGGUUCUGUUUGUUGGUUAUAAUCAAUGCAUAUAUAAAACCUGUUCCGAUACUGCAAAAUCUAAGAUCAAAAGGUUUUUCAACUCUAAAUUGCAUGGUAAAGAAUUGUGGAAGGCAAAUAUUGAAUUGCUUGAUGGAUGCUAAUUGUAGAAAAGCUCUUCAAUGCUUGAAUCAAUGCAGCCCAGUGGAUCAAGUAUGCAACUACAGAUGUAUUGCUUCAUAUGAAAGUCCAAAUCUUGAAGCAUUUUCAUUAUGUGUGCUGCAAAAGCACAAUUGUCUGGACUUGGAUGCUAAAAUUCCUGAAAAGCCUUACGUGCCUUCAAUCGAGAGAUUUCGAGGAAAGGAGCUAUGCCACGAAACGGCAGAGGAUCUUUUUAUUGGUUGGUUAGGGAGUUUGGAGUGGAGUUGGCGUGUUGUAGCUGGGCAAAAUCCUGCUUAUGAUCAGUUUCCAUGUCAAUACCAAUUGUUUUACAGAGGGAAAGCGAGAGGAUCGUUCUGGUACGAGCCAGUAUUCAUGGUCAAAACCUUGGAAGGAAAAAUGGUGUGGAGGCGACGACGGUAUCGAGUAAAGAGAGGGAAAAUUGCAGGAACAUUCUUGUUCAGUGUGUUGGAUAAUGGUGUUGUUUCAAAUGAGUUUUGGAGCAUUGUAGAUGUAUGUGAUGAUCUAUCUUGGGGUUUGUUUCAUUAUAAUGGUGCUGCUCGAGCUGCGGGACAGUCGUAUACGGGCGCAGUUCUUGUUAGUCGAGAUGGUAAAUACCCUGAAAAUGAUCAUCAAAAAGAGAGAAUUGUUGCUGCUUUGGAGAAAUGUGGAAUAAAAGAUUGGGAACUCUUUGCAGUUGAUAACUCCUCUUGUUUAGAUCCUCCGCUUGGAAUUCCAGAUGGUUCAACUUUGCAUUAUGUGAUUGAGGUUAAAUAAAAUCAACAAGAAUGUGAGUUAGGAAUUCAACCUCACAUCAAAUUUUAAAUUUUAAGUUUACAGUACAAAUAUUAUGCCUAUUUAAUUAUGAUUAUUUUUUUGUAAGUUAGUUGUUAGGAUCUUAAAUAUUUCAUGGAGAUGAGUGAAUUAAAUGAUAUUUGUGGGUAUUGCUCUGCA